AUGCGGUGUCGCCAACCAACACCAAGCUCUUCCGACGACAGCGAUGGGUCUGACAUCGAGAGCUGCUUCGAUGCAGAUAAGCAAGAGGAGACCGACGCCGAUACCGAGCCAACGGACGUUGAUACCGAUGUCGACGGAGACGACAAGGUAGAUCUGCCAGAUCUCGAGUCGAUAGACAUUGAUACCGAUAUCGACGGGUGUGACGAGACGGAUCUAGCGUGGAUUACUAGAGAGGACAAUACCUACCCGCCAGAGAUCCUGCCUAAAUAA